AUGGAGUACAGCACAGCCGCACGUCUCCACAGUACUGUGACACAGUUUAAAGUCUACGGAGAUUAUCUCGACUCCAAAGUCACGCCAGUGGAUUUAUUUUACUUGAAAAGCCGGGAGUUGGCCCGUAGGCUGGUGGAGCACGGCCACAACGGCACCGUCCUGAGCAGGGAGGAAUUUGAGGAGACGAAAGCAGCUGAACAGGCUGCCGAGGCUGCAAAGAUCGACACUCUCUACGGCAGGAGCGGGCCGACGACGCUGGCAAGUGCAGGAAAAGAGCUCAAAGAUAACUUCCUGAAAGCCCUGGCAGAGCGAGAGGAGGCCAACCGCAGUGGGAAAAUGACUUCGGCCAUUUUCAUAAGGGAUCAUAAUCCUCUUGGACAGGAAGUAUCUGGCUAUAUAGACUACGCCCACAGACUCAAGACCCAAGAUUUUGAACCAUACUUCAGCGGAAAGAAGAAGCUCAUGCCAGGACGCUCGGAUUUAUGCUACUACAACUGGAGGACACAGGUGUCCGCGUCCAACUCGAGCCCAAACUUUGAGGUGAUUUACGAUGACCCUAACGGCCUUCUCUUCAAGAACAAGAGGGACAAAAAGAUCCUGAAUGUGGACCCGUUGUCUGGUCCGGGUGAGGACUCCAACAGGACCUUCCUACAGUCGGACCUCUACAUCCAUGCCGUCAUCUACGACCACAACGUUAGGACUGUCUAAGCUUCAGAGGCCGUUGCCGACACAUUCGUACAUAUGGCACAUAUUGGAGAGCUCUGGAACCCUCUAAUUUGACUGAGCUGCUGUAGUUGCACCGUCAUUUGCAAUCUGUUGCCCUCAUAUCAUGCAAGCCAUCUGGGUGGAGGUGCUGCAGUGGAUUUAAACUGAGAGUUCUCAAGGGAACAAGUGGAUGGACUACUAGGACAACUUUGCAAAUAACCUGAAAUUUCAUGCUAGUUUUUUUUUGGGCCUUAAAUUCUUCUAUGUUCCAUAUAGUGAAGACCCAGUUCGGCUCUGUUUCUUUGGCGCUCCCUGAAGGAAUGGUAACCUGCUCGGGGUCGUCCCAUCAUUUGGCCUGGCUUGUUUCUGGCUGUUUGUCUAAACAAAUUAAAGGCGAAAGAGCUUUGAAAGAUGACGGGGGUUGCUUUUAUGUCCUCCCCCAGGCUGCGGUAGCUCCAACUGGAAGAAUGGGUAAUGGGCUUAAAGCAUUCCGCAUGUUCCCAGAUGUAAGACACACUUUACAGGACAUCAAAGUGCUCUGUCAUUUACAUAUUAGUCAUUCACUAUAUGGCAUUUUCUUUUGAUGGAAGACAACUCUGCAAACAACCUGCUUUAGGAGUUAUUUAGGAGGUGCAGAAGACUUCGAGUAACCUUUCUCCCUUUCCAUUUCUGGAUUCACAUGUUUUUGUUAUUGAAGCUCAUGGUAAAAAUCAGCCCCACCUCAAGUAAUGUUAUGUCCGUCUAUGAGAAAACAAAUACAGGGGCAUCUGUGUACAGUUCUAACCAAUGAGCACAGGGUCCAUUUCUAUACAUACAGCAAUGCACUUUCCCCAUUCUUUUAAUUGCUUCCCCAAAACAAAGUCCUGCACGGAUGUACAGUUAUAUUACUUACCAAAAUGGCAUGAAGAACAACACAAACAAUAGUCUUUUAAAGAAUAGUUUGACAUGUUCUUUCUGACAGUUGGGUGAGAAGAGACCUCUCUCACGUCUGUGUGGGAAAUAUGGAACUACAGCCAGAAGCUGGUUAGCUUAGCUUAGCAUAAAGACUUGAAACAGGGGGGAAUGCCCACCAGCACCUCUCCAGCUCAAUAACUAGCAUGUUAUAUCUCGUUUGUUUAAUCCAAACUAAAGCCAGAGUUAUGGUUCCACAAGGGGGAGGCGGGGGUCCCGUUCAGUCCAUGAAAGUUGCUCAGUGGUGCAUGAAGCAAAAAAAGCAUUUCCUUUAACCCCGCCUCCUCAGCCCUCGUUCUCUGUCACAUGAACGUAGGAAAGAAAAUAACUCUGGAUUCAUCUAUUGUGCAUUUUAAAACUUUUCAGCACUUUAUGAUUUUAAAUAAGGACUAUUCAUGUGUUCGACUGGGAAGACGAUUUACCUCAAAAGAAAUGAUCCGAUGAUUUAAAAAGGUCUCUUUCCCAAUGAGUCCAAGUCAAUGGCAUCAUGUGACAG